UCUGCGCUCCAGCACAGCAGAGAGCGCCUGGAGCCUGAGGGGAACGCAUCGAGUUUUGGCCUCUGGUCGUGCAGUCCAGGGGGCUGGAUGGCAUGCUGGACCCAAGCUUACCUCAGUGUCUGGGCCCAAUAAAGGCUUUGCCAAGGACGCAGCUUUCUAUCCUGGCCAAUCUGAGGUGCAUAGCGUAAUGUCCAUGUUGUCCUACACUCUGAUCACAGCUUUUUUGAUCGGCGUACAGGCAGAACCAUACACAGAUGGCAAUGUCCCAGAAGGAGACUUCGUCCCCCAAGCCCACUGGACUAAACUUCAGCACUCCCUUGACACAGCCCUUCGCAGAGUCCGCAGCGCCCCUGCUGCACCAAUAGCCGCCCGUGUGACAGGGCAGACCCGCAACAUCACUGUAGACCCCAGACUGUUCAAGAAGCGGAGACUCCGGUCACCCCGUGUGCUCUUUAGCACCCAGCCCCCACCCAUCUCUUCAGACUCCCUGGAUCUGGACUUCCAGGCCCAUGGUUCAAUCUCCUUCAACAGGACUCACAGGAGCAAGCGCUCAGCCACCCACCCGGUCUUCCACAUGGGGGAGUUCUCGGUGUGUGACAGUGUCAGUGUGUGGGUUGGGGAUAAGACCACAGCCACGGACAUCAAGGGCAAGGAGGUGACAGUAUUGGGCGAGGUGAACAUUAACAACAGUGUAUUCAAACAGUACUUUUUCGAGACCAAGUGCCGAGCCCCCAAUCCCGUUGAGACUGGGUGCCGGGGCAUUGACUCCAAGCACUGGAACUCUUACUGCACCACAACCCACACCUUUGUCAAGGCCUUGACAACAGAUGACAAACAGGCUGCCUGGAGGUUCAUCCGGAUAGACACAGCCUGUGUGUGUGUGCUCAGCAGGAAGGCCGCAAGAAGAGGCUGAUCUACCGGGGACAGCCCCCCUUCCCCACUUGCCCCCUCUACACUCUCCUGGGCCCCUCCCUACCUCAGCCUGUAAAUUAUUUUAAAUUAUAAGGACUGCAUGGUAAUUUAUCGUUUAUACAAGUUUAAAGUCAUUAUUUAUUAAAUUUUCAGAGCAUUCUGUGUACCCUCACUUGAGUCCUUUUCCUCGGUAAGAGCACCCACAAAUUUUAGGAGUGUGCAGGAUGAAAUGUCCCCAGCCAUUCCUGGCUCCAGAGGCUGUCUGUAACCCUCAUUUCCCAGCCAGCACUGCUCCAGGGCUAGCUAACUGGUUUCAGACACUACCCUGCACCCACCAUGAUUACUAAGGGAAGCCAGCCUGCAGGCUCUGUUCCACAU